AUGAAGCUAUCGAGGUCAACGCGGCUCAGCCGCCCAAGCUUCAAGGUAGGAGAUGGAAAGUCUCACAAUGAAAGGAGAGAUUCAUCCCGUGCUAGAGUUGAAAAUGAUGAUGAUUCCCGCGAUGCGACAUUGCGUUAUCAUGACACCCGUGACAUCACAGAUUCACGAAGAGAAUCCGACGAGAGCCGAGAUUGUGACGUAUCUUCCUCGGGUGGCUCUCUAGAUGAUCAGAUUCCUUUCCUAAGCGAAUCAGACCUUCCAGAGGAAGCAUCGUCGCCGAAGAAGCGCAUGGGUUGGGGAAAGAAAAAGUUCAAAGGUUUCCCCAUCAUUGCCACUAUCAAGAAGAAAAUAAGACGAAAAAAGAGCAAGCAAAAUGAACGAAAUAUGAAUCAUCUGGAGAUCGUUCCAGACGAGCAUGUAGCGAGUCGAGCCAAAGACCCCGAACCUACCCAGUGGCAAAAAUUCAUGGACUCCGUUGCAUUUCCUGAAAAUCAACUCGGAAAGUUGUACAGCAACUUUGUGGACUAUGUGUCCAAUCACGAGAAGACUACUCCGGAAACCGAGAUCAUGAAUUAUGAUGAUUUCGUGUCGGUUGUCGAAGAGAGGCAGCAAUCGAAGAGAGAGCCAUUGAUUACUGACAAGCAAUGGGAAAAUUUCAUGGACACCAUUGCCUUUCCUGAAAAGUCUAUUCCUGCUCUAUUCGGUGCUACCACUACAAACGCCAAGUCCAACACUGAAGACAAUACCAAAGCUAUCAGAGCACUAGAGCCUAUUGAAAAAUAUUCUACUGGUGCUGCUGCUGCCACCGCUGCUGCUGAUGAUGACGACGAUGAUGAGUAUGAAGAAGACGAACAAACAAAGGAUUCCAAACAUCCGGUGAAUGUCACCAUGUUCAAAAAGACCAAGUUUGAAACGCUGGGGUUGUGUCCUCAACAUGUGUAUGGACGAACUGGAAUCUACAUUGUCGAUAUCGUCGAAGGUAGCAAGAGUGCCAACACCAAACUCCGAAGUGGUAUGAAAAUUUUGACCAUUAACGGGAAGCCGUGUCCCGAUACGGUCGAAAGAACCAUUAACAUGUUGUCCAACCUCGAAGGUUAUGUGAGUAUCAAGGCUGUCCCAGAAGCCCCCUAUUCCGCUGUUUCUUCCAGUAUAGAAGACAUUGCCUUUGCGAUGAGAUAUCUCUUUACAGGAGGAGGAAUUGCGGAAGAAGACAACAAGGUUUCUGGUGACAAUUCCACCACCACACCCUAUGUACUAGGAGACGACAGCACAAUUGGCACGAACACUUACCGAGAAGCUCGUGCUGUGGCUAGAGCGAAAGAGCAAGAAGAGGAUGAUGAUGUGGAUGACGAAACCAUGUCCAUGUCCAUGUCCGAAAACGUCUCUAUUCCCUCCAAAAAGAGCAAUACUGCUGUUGCUCGUGUUGCUGCUGCUGCUCCUCCUCUCAAGAGAAUGACAAAUGAAAUCGACUAUGUCGAGCUCGCUCGUCAACAGCAGAAGCACUACGAAUUGGUCUUUGACAUCAAGAAGCGUCGUGGAGAAUGGGUCGGUUUGUCGCUCAUGCGCAAUGCCGAUUGGCCUGGAGUCUACAUUGAACACAUCGACCCUCGCAGUAAAUUUGCUAGUACCCAAUUGGCCCAUGGCAUGAAGUUGGUUGAAAUCAAUGGACAGGCCUGUCCGGAUGAUUUGAGACAAGCCAUUUACAAGAUUUUCGACACGAACGGAAGGCUCGAGUUGACUGUGGAAGACAGCGAUGGUUUGUACUGCCAUGAGGAUGGUAGCGUCGUUGACACCUUGAGUCAUGACGACUUUCGCGAGAACUAUGGUGGAUUCCUGGUUCAAAAGCUUCGCCUAGAUUGA